AUGGCUUUUUUCAAGCAGCCACUAUCCACAGGGUGGAAAUUCAAGGAUCGAGACGAUGGAGCACUGAAUUCAUGGAUGUCUGUGCCGAUAGUGCCUUCAACGGUGCAGCAGGACCUCAUUGCGAACAAGAAACUCGCUGAUCCUUAUCUGGGCCUUAAUGAACUCAAAGCACGCUGGGUCAAUGAGAAAGUCUGGGUGUAUCGACAUGAGUUCCAACGACCAGAAGUCCCUGCGGGUUCAACCGUGGCGCUGGUGUUCGACGGCUUAGACACCUUUGCCUCAGUAAAGCUCAACGGUGAGACAAUCCUUGAAUCUAGCAACAUGUUCCUCGGCCACCGUGUGGAUAUCACAGAGCUCUCACGAUCAUCCGGGGAAACAAACGUGCUAGAGAUCGAGUUCGAUUGCGCUUUGCUGAAGGCACGCGAGCUACGCAACGAAGAUCCAAAUCACAAAUGGCAGGGCUUCAACGGCGAUAUGGCUCGUUUAGCCGUGCGCAAGGCUCAAUAUCACUGGGGAUGGGAUUGGGGACCUGUUAUUAUGACGGCCGGAAUCUGGCGUGAAGUGCGAUUGGAAGUCUACUCUGCGCGGGUAGAAGAUCUCUGGCCGCAGACACAUCUUGCGUCUGAUCAGAAGUCGGCGACUGUUACGGCAGUUGCUAAAAUCGAUGCUUUCAACUCAGAAGGCUAUACGGCUCGUUUCAAUUUGAAGUUGGGUGGACGCGAGAUCUCACACCAGGAUAUUGCCGUCAACGCAGAUCAACCAACUGUCCAGGCUACCUUUGAGGUCAACAAUCCUGAACUGUGGUGGCCGCAUGGCUACGGCUCUCAGACCUUAUAUGAAGUGUCAGUAUCACUUUUAUCUGCGGACAGUAAGGAGCUGCACCAACUGUCUAAGAACUUCGGCAUUCGGUCCGCCGAGGUAGUACAGCAGCCGGAUAAACAUGGAAAGUCGUUCUUCUUCCGAGUGAACGGAGUGGAUAUCUUCUGUGGAGGCUCUUGUUGGAUUCCUGCCGACAGUCUUCUCCCAAGUAUCAGCGCAGAGCGAUAUCGGAAUUGGAUCCAGUUAAUGGUAGGAGGUGGCCAAGUUAUGGUGAGAGUAUGGGGCGGUGGUAUUUACGAAGACGACUCUUUCUACAACGCCUGCGAUGAGCUCGGUGUGCUAGUAUGGCAGGACUUCAUGUUCGGCUGCGGCAAUUAUCCAGUGUGGCCCGCACUAUUGGAAUCCGUACGACAGGAGACAACGUACAAUAUACAGCGGUUGCGACACCACCCCUCUAUCGUAAUCUACGUUGGCAAUAAUGAAGAUUACCAAGUCCAGGAGCAGUGCGGACUCACUUACGACUAUGAAGACAAGGAUCCGGAAAGCUGGCUGAAGUCCAACUUCCCGGCUCGCUAUAUCUACGAGAAGCUGCUGCCGGAAGUGGUCGCAGAGUAUUCACCGAGUACUUUCUACCACCCAGGAAGCCCGUGGGGUGAUGGGAAGCUCACGUCUGAUCCCACCGUGGGAGAUAUACAUCAAUGGAAUGUGUGGCACGGGUCCCAAGAGAAAUACCAAAUAUUUGACACCUUGGGAGGCCGCUUCAACAGCGAGUUCGGGAUGGAAGCCUUCCCACACAUGUCGACUAUCGACUACUUUGUGGAAAACGAAGCAGAUAAACACCCGCAAUCACAUGUGCUAGACUUCCACAACAAGGCCGAUGGGCACGAGAGACGGUUGGCAACUUACAUAGUAGAAAACCUCCGCACGGCUACCGAUCUAGAGACAUACAUCUACCUCACACAGGUAGUCCAGGCUGAAACGAUGAUGUUCGGCUACCGUGGAUGGCGACGACAAUGGGGCGAUGAUCGAAAAUGCGGCGGCGCACUGCUCUGGCAAAUCAACGACUGCUGGCCCACAAUCUCCUGGGCAAUUGUGGACUACUUCCUGCGACCAAAGCCCGCGUAUUACACAGUCAGACGGGUCAUGCAGCCGCUGGUAAUUGGCAUCCGACGUGAACACCACGACUGGAGCGUGGCGCACGCGGUGCCCCCAACAAAGAGCCAGUACGAGAUGUGGGUUGCCAGCAGUCAACAAGAAGAGCUGCGCGGAACUGUCGAGCUGCGCUUCCUAUCGAUAGUUACCGGUGGGGACCUGCGCGCUCCAGCUGUUUUCGCGGACGUCGCAAUUACCGCUAAUGGCACUUCGGAAAUCACGAGCGGAAUCAUUGACCAUAUCUCUGAGCCCGAGCCACACGUUCUGGCCGCGCGGCUGUGGGUGGACGGCCAGAUUGUGGCCAGAGACAUCGACUGGCCACAGCCAUUCAAGUACCUCGAUUUCUCCGAUCGUGGACUCGAAGUGACACCCGAGCCAGGGACUUCAGCUGACCAGCAAAUUCUACGGAUCAGUGCACGGAAGCCGGUGAAAUGCCUUGUGUUUGAGGAACGGGAGAAUGUGCGGAUUAGUGACAGCGCUAUUGAUGUUGUUCCGGGCGACGAGCAGGUGGUCACGGUCACAGGGCUUAAGGAAGGUGACCUACCGCUGGGAUACCGUUAUCUGGGUCAAUAG